AUGGACAUCGCCGCCGGCCCCGAGUCCCUGGACCGCUGCUUCAGCCGGGGCCCGCCGGACCGCGCCGCGAUGCUGGACGGCAUCAAAGUGGAAGAUCGCCCGCUGCGCUCGGGCGCCGCCGCCCUGGGCGUGUUGCUGGGGUCCGAGUGUCAGAACCAGGCGGUUUGCGAGGGCUGCCAGCGGCCGAUCUCAGACCGUUUUCUGAUGAGAGUGAACGAGUCUUCCUGGCACGAAGAGUGUUUGCAGUGUGCAGUGUGUCAACAAGCCCUCACCACCAGCUGCUACUUCCGGGAUCGAAAACUGUACUGCAAACAGGACUACCAACAGCUAUUUGCUGCUAAGUGCAGCGGCUGCAUGGAAAAGAUCGCCCCAACAGAAUUUGUGAUGAGAGCCCUGGAAUGUGUUUACCACUUAAGCUGCUUCAGUUGCUGUGUCUGUGAACGACAGCUGAGGAAAGGAGAUGAAUUUGUUCUGAAGGAAGGACAAUUGCUCUGCAAAAGUGACUAUGAAAAAGAAAAAGACUUGCUGAGCUCAGUGAGCCCCGAUGACUCAGACUCAGUUAAAAGUGAUGAUGAGGAUGGAGAUGUUAAACCAACCAAAGGACAAGCAAACCAAGGAAAAGGGAGCGAUGAUGGAAAAGACCCAAGGAGACCCAAACGACCAAGGACAAUACUUACAACACAGCAGAGAAGAGCAUUCAAAGCAUCCUUUGAAGUGUCUUCAAAGCCAUGUAGGAAGGUCAGAGAAACACUAGCAGCUGAAACAGGACUCAGUGUGCGAGUUGUCCAGGUCUGGUUUCAGAACCAAAGAGCAAAGAUGAAGAAACUAGCACGGAGGCAUCAGCAGCAGCAGGAGCAGCAAAAUUCUCAGCGACUAGGGCAAGAAGUAAUGUCCAACCGAAUGGAAGGGAUGAUGACAUCUUACACACCACUUGCACCACCACAGCAGCAGAUUGUAGCAAUGGAUCAAAGCAGUUAUGGCACGGACCCAUUCCAGCAAGGUCUUACCCCUCCACAAAUGCCAGGAGACCACAUGAACCCCUAUGGAAAUGACUCCAUUUUUCACGAUAUCGACAGUGAUACCUCUUUGACUAGCUUGAGCGACUGUUUCCUUGCCUCCUCAGAAGUUAACUCCAUGCAGGCUAGAGUAGGAAACCCCAUUGACAGGCUGUACUCUAUGCAGAGCUCAUAUUUCGCCUCAUGAAAAUAAUAAUAAUAAAAAAAAACAAAUAGCUGGCGUAUCUUUAGCAAGUGACUUUUUGCAGAGCAGACUCUACAGCCAUAUGUUGCCCAGCUCUUCCUUCACAGUGACUCCUGCCGCCUCUGGACUGCCACGAGCAUUUUUAGGAGGACCAUGUAUUAAAUCAAUCAAUCAACCCACCAAUCCCUCUGCCCUCCUCCCCCAUACACAUCCUCAGUUAUCCAGCUUGGACCAGGCCACGAGAAAAGCAUGGGACGAGUGGAACAUCCAGCUCUCCAGCAGCCCUUGGUUUGGUUUGAGCUCCGCAUUGUAAAGGAAAUGAUGGUGUGAAAAGCUAGACCUUUUUCCUCCUUUCUUUCUUCCUUUCGUUUGGAUAUUUAACCUUUUUUUAAAAGCCACUGAUACUGACAUCAGUCGACCAUAUGACAAAUAAAUCAAAGAAACUGGAGACUCCUCCCCUUUCUUACUGCAUGACUCAUACUAUGUUGUGGAUAAAUUGCCAUUUGAACUGUGAGAAGUUAAUGUAAAUGUGACGUUCAACAUUUGUUUCCUUUCUACACUUUUUCUACAUAACCCUCGGUCUGCUCCUUAGUUUAUAGCCCUUAUACUGUAUGAUACUUAGAAAAACUGGUUAACAAGAAGCCUUGUGGCGAAGCCAGUGAUUUCAUAAUUGAAAAAGGUCUAUGACCCUGGAGAGAAGCUGCAUGUUAGGGACAGAUGCAUUUAGAUUAGUAUUAAUCUUGAAUAAUUAAAACAAAAGGUGCU